GGCCUCCAGAAAUACAUACCGGCGGAAAGCAAAUCGCCCCGCGGUUUGACUCGUAUUCCCAAUCGAAACAAGUUCGUCGCAGCAUACAUCCUCCAGAAAACAGGCUAUGUCCGAACGGCAAAACAAGUGGGUUCCCGCUUUCAACAAUUGCGAGACACG